CUGUCACCACUUACCAGGUUUGACAUUUACCGAAAUUCCUCAAACAAAUGAUAAGACCAGUUCUAAGACAAGUUUGGUCACCCACAUAAGUUCCUCUCUUGCUUGUCUCUCCCUCCAAUUUCGCCUACAUAAACCCCCCACCCACAUCCUAAUCUCCUGUGCAGCCCAGCAAACACAUUCUCUUAGCACUUUGCAAGCAUUCUCGGAACAUUGGUCUGUGUGUAGAGAGAGAAAGAGAGAGACAUUUAACCGUAUCGAUGGCAGAUAGAAGGAUGGAGGCGGGCCUAGUUCUUGCCGCAGUGGCCAUGCUCUGGGUCGGAGUGGCGGCCCAGUCAAGCUGCACAAACAUGCUGAUAAGCCUCUCGCCGUGCCUCAACUACAUCACAGGCAACUCCUCCACCCCACCCUCGAACUGCUGUGCACAGCUCGCCAGCGUAGUCCGCUCCCAGCCUCAGUGCUUGUGCCAGGUUCUAAGUGGAGGCGGCUCUUCGCUAGGGAUCAACGUAAAUCAGACUCAAGCUCUGGCUCUACCAGGUGCCUGCAAUGUUCAGACUCCGCCCAUCAGCCGCUGCAACGCUGCUUCUCCAGCCGAAUCUCCAUCAGAGACUCCAGAAUCUCCAACUACAGUUCCCUCAGGAAAUGGAUCCAAAACCAUACCAUCGACACAAGAAAAUGGCUCAUCAGAUGCAGGCCCCAUCAAGCUGUCGAUUCCUCUGCUUUUCGUCCUCCUCUUGACAGGAUCGUAUGUCUCGCUGCUGUCCUCACACUAAUCAACUCUUCCUCCACCAUUUAAUUCUGCCCAAUUCCUGUAUGAAUGCAUUGUAGUAUUCUUUAUUGUUUUGUAUUCUAGCUCGACCCCAGUAUAGGCAGGGCGAGCAAGUUGUAUAAUUCUUGCUACACCUUUUGAUGUUUGUGUAUCUACUACUGCUGGAGAGAGACUGGCUGUCUUUCUUCUAAAUAAAACAGGCAUCUGCCUGCUUUUU